AUGACCCCGCUGCUCCUGGGGAGAGGCUGUUUGUUACAGCACAGGGCCGCGGGUGCCUCGGGCUGUUUGCAGAGAGCACCUUUGUCCGGGGGCCGCACGGCUGGUGCCUCUGACCCCCCCUUCCCCUGCCCUGGGGACCUGCAGCCCCUUCCCACCGAGCUCGGGGCGGGCACGGGCAGAGGGACAAAGCCGCGGGAGGACAGGACGCGGGCAGCGGCUUCCCCCUCCUCCCCAGCCGCGUUCGUCUGCCGGGUAACAGCGAGGCCGGAGCCGUCCCAGGGGUGGGACCAGAGCAGACGCGUCCCCGACCCCCCCGAGCCGCGCAGAGCCUGCCCGGGCCGGGGCGCAGCGGGGAUGGAGCCGGGCGCCCCGCGGGACGCCGAGCCCGGGACGCGUUACCAGUUCCGCGUGAUCGCGCUGGGCGACGCGGCCGUGGGCAAAUCCUCGCUGCUGCGCUGCUUCGCCGAGGGGCCGUGCGGGGCGGCGGCCGCCCCCUGCCCCACCGUCGGCGUGGAGUUCUACAGCCGCACCGUCCCGCUGCCGCCCGCCGGCACGGCCAAGCUGCAGCUCUGGGACACGGCCGGCCAGGAGAGGUUCAGGUCCAUCACCAGAUCCUUCUACCGGAGCGCCGCGGGGGUGCUGCUGGUGUUUGACCUCACGGACCGAGCGUCCUUCGAGCGCGUCCCCGAGUGGUACCGCGAGGCCGCGGGGGACCGCGACCCCCCGACCUUCCUGCUGGUGGGACACAAGUGCGACCUGUCGGCCCAGCGCGCCGUGUCGGCGGAGGAGGCCGAGGCCAUGGCUGCCUCCCUGGGCAUGGCCUUCGUGGAGACCUCGGCCCGCACCAACCUCAACGUGGAGCUGGCUUUCCAGAUGCUGGCGGGGGGCAUCCAGCAGGCGCUGGCCCGGGGGGCUCUGAGCCCUCCCCACGGCUGCGGCGGCGUCAGGCUCAUCCCCAGCCACAGCCACGGCCGGGCCCCGGCGCAGGGGCAGCGCCAGGCUCAUCCUCACCACUGCCAGUGCUGACCCCCCAUCUCUCU